CUGGCUUCUGACUCCUUGGAUGAAAUCUCAACUACUACCACCAUAUUAUCUUUCUUUAUCCCUUGAAAAUUUCUUUCUUCUUUCCUUCCUUCUUUCUCUACUUCGUACUCUCACCAUAACACAUAGCCAUUCUCUCAACCCAACUAAUCAAUACUAUUGAUACAUUCAUACUAUCAAUCACAAUGGCAACCGUCACCUUCAAAGACGACCUCCCCAACACCACCACCACCACCACCACCACAACCCCAAAGAAUAAAACAACCACCCUCCGCCGCUGGCUCACCUUCUCAACCUCAACCUCAUCAUCCCAUCAUCGCUCCUCCUCCCCACGCCCAAAACCAACCCGCAGACCUACCCCAAAACCCACCAUCAACACCACCAACACCAACACCACAGGCAACAGCAACAGCACAACAACCCGUCUCUACAGAAGAGUAACCCUCCCCCGCCGCUCCUCCAAAUCCAAAACCAAGACGAGAACAAUCCACCCAGACGAUACACAUACCCCUACACCUACGUCGCUACUUACAUCCAUAAACACCACUACCAACACAGGCACACCCACAGCCCAUCCAUUGGUUUCUACUAACCCAAUCACACCCCCACCCACCAGCCCUACCUCCCCCUCAAGCACCACCAACAACAACAAAAUCCGCUCACGCUCCCCCCUCUCCCCCCUCUCCCCUCUAAGCCUUAACUUCAGCACACUAUUCAACCUAUCCCCACGAUCCAAAACCAUCGAGGAAUCGUCAUCAUCGACAUAUUCAUCCUCGGUAUCGGAGAUACAUAUCCCCCCGCCGACUGUUUCGCAUGAGCAGCUGACGAGUUCGUAUGCGGAGUAUUGUGAGGCGUUUACGGAGGGGCGGACGGAGGAGAGUUUCCUGUAUCAGGAGGGGGAAAAGGAGGAGGAAGAUGGAGAUAAGGGUGUUCGGCCGGUGAAGGAGAUUGUGAUUAAGGGGGAGAAGGGGUGUUUGGAGGAGAGGUGUUUGCGGGAAAAGGGAGGAAGAGGGGGACAAUGUGUGGACGAUACAAAGGAGGAAGAAAGAAAGGGAAAUGGUGAUGGUGAUGGUGACAGCGCUAUUCCGUGCAGUGAUGAUCAGAGGGAGAUUCUACAUUGGUUACGGGAGUCGGAUGAGGAGCAGGAUAGUGGCAGCAAUGCUGAAGAUGUACCGCUGCGGGUGUCUCCCCCCGCGAGGAUCCUCACGCCGGCUCGAUAUGAACAGUCGCGUCGGGCGGCGAGACAACCUCAGCAUGGGAAGCAGCAGGAGCACCACGAGGAUCAGCGACAUGCGUGGUGGACUGCACUCCGGGUGGGGUGGACGCGCAUGCGCCGCCGAACCAGCAAGGCUGCCAACCCCGACUACAAUUAGACUAAUUCCACGCUGCACUGCAUAAGACAAGAAUCAAUCAAUAAAUUCGUGCAACGUCGCUAGCCCAAUGGGAUCCCCAGAAAUGGCCGCAAGGGAUGUCGAUGCACCCGUCGGUUGCAAUCACAAGAAACGCGCACACAGGGGUAUCCCGAGCAUCUUAUUACAUACAGCCUAUGCCGAUACAACAAAGGAAAAAUGCCGCGACAAAGGAAAUCUUCGUCCCCUCUAUUCAUAGCCUCCCCACUGGUCAUACAACAUUCCUUCACGAGGAUCCCUCGUCCGCACCCUGCUCCGACGCACUGCUCGCCUUCUCCGGCUGCGGCGUCGUAG